CCAUCAAACCAAAGCAGAGUCGUCAACAACAGCAGGAAACAUAACUGAAAGAGCUAGCACUACCUGAUCGAGCACCAUGGGCAUCCCCAAGGCUUUGCUUCUUGCCAUCCUCGGCUGCGGCGUCUGCUUGUGCAGCGCUGCUGUCCUUGCAGCUCGCGAGCUGGGGGGCGACGACGAGCUGGCCAUGGUGGCGAGGCACGAGCAGUGGAUGGUCCAGCACGGGCGCGUCUACAAGGAUGAAACCGACAAGGCACACCGGUUCCUAGUGUUCAAGGCCAACGUCAAGUUCAUCGAGUCGUUCAACGCUGCCGCCGCCGCCGGCAACCGCAAGUUCUGGCUGGGUGUGAACCAGUUCGCCGACCUCACCAACGACGAAUUCAGAGCAACCAAGACCAACAAGGGAUUUAACCCAAAUGUGGUGAAGGUUCCCACGGGAUUCCGGUACCAGAAUCUUAGCAUCGAUGCACUUCCGCAAACCGUGGACUGGAGGACCAAGGGUGCUGUCACGCCCAUCAAGGACCAAGGCCAGUGCGGCUGCUGUUGGGCGUUCUCAGCGGUGGCUGCCACGGAGGGCAUCGUCAAGAUAAGCACCGGCAAGCUAACCUCACUCUCGGAGCAAGAACUAGUGGACUGUGACGUCCACGGUGAGGACCAGGGCUGCAACGGCGGCGAGAUGGACGACGCCUUCAAGUUCAUCAUCAAGAACGGUGGCCUUACCACCGAGUCGAACUACCCUUACACCGCGCAAGACGGCCAGUGCAAGUCCGGAUCCAACGGCGCCGCAACCAUCAAGGGGUACGAGGAUGUGCCUGCCAACGACGAGGCCGCCCUCAUGAAGGCGGUAGCUAGCCAGCCAGUCUCUGUGGCGGUGGACGGCGGCGACAUGACAUUUCAGUUCUACUCUGGAGGCGUGAUGACGGGAUCUUGCGGCACUGACCUCGACCAUGGUAUUGCAGCUAUUGGUUAUGGAAAGACCAGUGAUGGCACCAAGUACUGGCUGAUGAAGAACUCGUGGGGCACAACUUGGGGAGAGAAUGGAUUUCUGAGAAUGGAGAAGGAUAUUGCUGACAAGAAGGGGAUGUGUGGCCUUGCCAUGCAACCAUCCUACCCUACUGCGUAGGCUAAGCUUCGAAUGAUAUCGCUUCCGUACAUUAAUACUUGUGGUCUGUAUAUUGUGUCAUAUUGUGUCAUAUGAAUAUAUAUGUGUUCUGUA